CAGAGAGACUCCGGGGAGGGGAGUGGUUGUCAGCUAUUCAGGGAUAAAUAGAGAGUCAGAACUCAGAGUUUGUCAGAAGGCUGAACUUACAGGGUCACACACAGGACCAAGCAGGAGCAGGACCUCAGCAUUUCUACCCUUUAUUACAAAUGGAGAAAAACAAAGAUGUUCAAUACUGUUUUCAAGACAGAAACUCUUCUUGCAGAAUGGAAUUGCUAUCGACAACAAUCUACAUAACACUGUACAUCUUCUUCUCAUUGAUUUCAGUAGUUACAGUAUUUUUGAACAUACUGGUGAUCAUCUCCAUCUCUCACUUCAAGCAGCUCCACACUACAACCAACCUGCUCAUCCUCUCUCUGGCUGUGUCAGAUCUCCUGGUGGGACUGAUUGUGAUACCAGUAACGACUAUAGCAAUAAUGGAAUCAUGCUGGGGUUUUGGGGAAUAUUUCUGUGUGUUUUAUUUCUACAUUGCUUGUUUAUGUACUUCUUUAUCUCUGGGAAAUUUGGUAUUGAUAUCUAUUGACCGCUAUGUUGCUGUGUGUGAUCCCUUAUUGUACCACUCUAAAAUAACAAUAACAAGAAUGAUGUGUUGUAUAUCAUUUACCUGGUGUUGUUGUAUCAUAUACCGUGCUGCUAUUAUAAAAAACUUAGUAAAUGUACAGGUACCCAGUAGGUGUUUGAAUGAAUGUUUUAUUGUAGAGGAGUUACAUUGGGUUAAUAUCAUUGCCCUUGUAUUUACAAUGGUUGUCCCGUGCUCUAUUAUUAUAACACUUUAUAUGAAAAUCUUUGUGGUGGCCAGAUCACAGGCCAGAAAGAUAUUUUCAAAAGAGGCUGCCUGUGUGUCUGGUGUUAAAACUGGACAGGCAAAUAAGUCUGAGAGAAAAGCAGCAAAAACUCUUGCUAUUGUUGUUUUCAACUAUCUAAUUUGUUGGAUUCCAUUUUUGUUCAUAAAUAUGUUUUUUUUUUCAAGUGACAAUUUAUCAUUUAUCAUCGGCUUUCUGCCACUUGUUAAUUCCUUAAUUAAUCCAAUAAUUUAUGCUUUCUUUUAUCCUUGGUUCAAAGUGACAGCUAAACAUAUUUUAACUCUGAAGUUAAGGUAUUCAUAGUUCCUAUAUUUAUAUAUAUUUUUUUUAAUCUACAAGCAUUGGUUGGAUAUAGUUAUGUUAAACAAUUGCUCUAAUUGCUUCUUUCAUGUAACAAUACACUGACAUUACUUACAGUAUCUCAGUAUUGUCAUUAUGGAUACAUGUGGUUUUGAUACAGAAUAAUUUGGCUGGAUUGGAUUGGAAUGACUUGGAGAAGGCAUUAGAAGGAACAAGCUUGUUUUACAAAAGACAUUGUAGUCAUUUUGGGUAAAAAAUUCCAAUACCAAAAUCUGUAGUUGUUCCAUGUUAUUUAAUGAUAAAUAGUAUGCAAUUAUUCUAAAAGUACAUUUGGAGGUGCCAUAUGUUGUUUAUCAUUGUCCUCUAGUUACUGCAUUGGGACACAAUGCCUUCAACAAGUGUAGUAAAGGGUGUGGUAUAUGGCCUAUAGACCACGGCUAGGGGUUGUUUUUGUGCACGAUGCAACACAGAGUGCCUGGAUACAGCCCUUAGCCGUGGUAAAUUGGCCAUAUACCACUAACCCCCAAGGUGCCUUAUUGUUUUUAUAAACCGGUUGCCAACACAGCAAGGAAAGGAAGACACAUCUAAAUUGAAAAUGUUGUUUUUAAGAAAUAAAUUCAUAAUAAAUACAUUCUGCCAGAAAAACUAGUUCAGACAAAAGUUGUGUUGCUAGACUGGUUGCUAAGUAACAUAGCUACAGGCUAGCUAACAUUAAAUGUAUGCAAAAACAGAGCAUUAGCGCUACUUCUACAGUGACCAAC